AUGGUAAACGUAGAAAGCUUAAAUCGCAAAUAUUCAACUCCAUUGUCUGUUCUGGAGCAACAAAAGAUAUGCUCAACCCUGCCUAGAAUACAUGACAGAAAAUUGCUUUCUGAGUUUGCUUCCAGAGGAAUAAAACUUACAGAUGUUGGCAUUGGAAGAGAUUCCCCACCUAUACGAGUUCUGGGAGCUGAUAUACUUGGAAGCAUUUUGACUGGCAGAAUAGAAGUAUUAUCUUCAGGAGUAUCUGCAGUUGAGACCUUACUGGGUUGGACAAUUUUAGGACUGGGGAAGAAAAAGGAAGUUGGUAACCUAAUCACAUUAAGCUUACAAAAUAUGGACGUUCCUAAAAUGUGGGACUUGGAAGUUUUGGGCAUUACAGAUCCCAUAGAGAAGAUAAAUGAAAGCCUUCUUGAAGAAGAAACUUUGACCCAUUUUAAGGAAACAAUUAGGAUCUGUGAAGAUCAAAGAUAUGAAGUGGCUUUACCAUGGCUAGCUGGACAUCCUGCUCUAUAUGAUAAAUACGACGCAGCAGAAUCCAGACUUCAUACAGCAACUAAGCGUUUGAUAAACGAAAAUUACUUUGAAGCCUACGAUAACGUAUUUAAACAGUGGGAGGCAGAAGGUAUUAUAGAAGCUGUCCCAAUAGAUCAGCUUGCCAAGGAAGUCCAUUACCUAUCUCACAGACAAGUCAUUAAGCCAUCAAGCAAUACCACAAAGGUUCGCCCAGUUUUCGAAGUUUCGUUCAAGAAACCGGGAUUUGCCUCCUUGAAUGAAUGCUUAAGUGUGGACCCAAGUCUUAUACAUAAAAUACUGCCUUUAGUAUUAAGAUUCCGUUCUGGUGCCAUAGGUGUAAUUGCAGAUGUGAAACAGGCAUUUCUACAGAUACUCUUCGGCGUUUCCUCCAGCCCUUUUCUGUUGAAUGCCACUAUAAGUUACCAUCUAGAACGAGAAAAAUUCCAGACAGAGAGCCUCAGGAAGACAAUUGGUCAUUUAAAAGAAGGAUUCUACGUGGACAAUUUAGUUACGAGUGUUAAUGACGCUACAGAACUGGAACAACUGAAAUCGCAAUCCAUAGAAAUAAUGAAAGAAGGCGCAUUUGAAUUGCGCUGUUGGGCUUCUAAUGACUCUAAGGAAGAUCAAGAUAAGCAAAGGGUACUUGGCCUGAGUUGGGAUGUAGUCAGCGACGAACUCUCUUGCAAGCUACCAGCAAAUAUAUAUUGCACCCAAGAAAAGCCAGUUACAAAAAGGGUACUGCUAUCUGUGAUCAACAGUGUAUACGAUCCGAUUGGCUUUACGGCUCCAGCUUUAUUGUUACCAAAAUUGCUUAUGCAAGAAGCUUGGAGAGGAAAAAUAAGUGGGACGAGGUGUUGCCUGUAG